AAUAACGUUAAGUUAUGAUCCAUUUGUCGUCCUCUCCUUUCCGUCACGCUAUCGGUGUCUUUCUUUCAACGGAAAAGGACUCGCGCGCAAUUUCGCAAGUGUCGCGAUCAAAAGAGAGAGAGAGAGAGAAUCGAGGCGCCGGCGUCAGCUAUUGAUUCUCUUGAAAUACCGUGAUUUCAAAAGUUACUAUCACCAGCCCACACACUGGGGUGUCACCAGUGGCGAACCGCUCCUCGACCGCGGACAAGGUCCUCGCGCGUUUCCUCCUUUGGUCCCGGCAGGAUGGAGUGUCUAAAUCUUCUUGUUUGAUCAGAAAGAAUCGAAUUUGAAAGGAAUUAAAACGAAAACGGAAAAAACAUGGCGAAUACGGCUCACCUCGUCCGCCGGCAAAGCUCCCGCGAUCUUAAACCCCAGAAAAGUGUCGAUAAGCUUGAGAUGAAAGAGAUGCGUAAUAGAUUAGUGGUGGAUAAUCGAAAGAACGUCGCCACUGCCAAUUACGGGGCCACUAAUGCGGCUUUUGAAGAUAACAGUCCUAGCAAGAACAAAACAGGAAACGGUCCAGGCUCCGGCAAUAAUGACGGCAAAGCGAUUUUCCGACCGGAAGCAGGCGAAGACGAGCGUGAAAAUUGGGAUAGCAAACUUACAUUUCUCCUGGCGACCGUAGGAUACGCGGUGGGCCUCGGAAACGUAUGGCGGUUUCCCUAUCUGGCUCAGAAGAACGGCGGAGGUGCUUUUCUAAUUCCUUAUUUUGUGAUGUUGGCUAUCGAGGGUAUUCCUAUAUUUUAUCUGGAAUUGGCAAUCGGUCAGAGAUUAAGAAAAGGUGCCAUUGGCGUGUGGAAUCAGGUAUCCCCAUAUAUGGGCGGUAUCGGAAUCAGUAGCGCCAUAGUCUCCUUCAAUGUGGCUCUUUACUAUAACACCAUUAUCGCCUGGUGCCUCUUUUACUUCGUUCAGAGUUUCCAGUCGCAGCUACCUUGGGCGGAGUGUCCAAAUAGAUACUUUCCAAAUGGAUCUUACGCGCCUGAACCCGAAUGCUUGGUCAGUAGUCCGACGCAGUAUUUCUGGUAUCGAACCACUCUGAUGGUAUCAAAGGAUAUUAAUACGCCGGAAGUGUUCAAUUGGAAAAUUGCUCUGGCGUUAAUCAUUGCCUGGAUCCUCGUCUACAUGUGCAUGAUUAAGGGUAUCGCAUCCUCGGGCAAGGUUGUGUACGUAACCGCUACGUUUCCAUACAUCGUUCUAAUCAUUUUUUUCUUCCGAGGAGUGACAUUGAAGGGUAUGUCGGACGGUCUGCGGCAUCUCUUUACGCCAAAGUGGUACACAUUGACUGACCCGGUAGUCUGGUUAGAGGCUGGAACGCAAAUCUUCUUCUCUCUAGGCCUAGCUUUCGGUGGUCUAAUAGCGUUCUCUUCGUACAAUCCGGUAAACAAUAAUUGUUACCGCGAUGCCAUCAUGGUCAGUCUGACGAAUUGUUUCACUUCCAUGUUCGCAGGAAUUGUUGUUUUCUCUAUCAUAGGGUUCAAAGCUACCAUGGUUUAUGAACAAUGUUUAUCAGAAAGAAAUAACACGUUAAUGAAUAUAUUUGGUCAAGUUGAGAAGAUACCCGAGGAUAUUCCGAUAAGUGGUACACUAUUGAACAUCACGAACGGUAACGGAUCACUAGACAACUUGAUAAUGCCGGAGCUGCCCGAGUGCGAUCUAGAAAAAGAGUUGGAUAAUUCGGCAUCGGGCACAGGUUUGGCAUUCAUCAUCUUCACGGAAGCGAUCAACCAAUUUCCCGGUGCUCAAUUCUGGUCAGUACUGUUCUUCUUGAUGCUCUUUACGCUGGGAAUUGAUUCUCAAUUUGGUACUCUGGAGGGUGUCGUCACCAGUAUUGUCGACAUGAAGCUUUUCCCGAACUUAAGAAAAGAGAUUCUGACAGGUGUGAUUUGUUUGGUGUGCUGCACAAUCUCAAUGGCCUUCGCUCAUGGAGCUGGCAGCUAUGUCUUUGUGCUGUUCGAUAACUUCAGCGGAAACUUUCCGUUGCUUAUAAUUGCUUUCUUCGAAUGUAUAGGAGUGUCCUAUGUUUAUGGUUUGAAGAGAUUUGCCGACGAUAUCGAACUGAUGACCGGUAACCGACCUGGUCUCUAUUGGCUGAUAUGUUGGAAGUAUCUCAGUCCAUUGGCAAUGUUGAGUAUCUUAAUCGCGUCUUUCGUCGAGAUAUUUUUCGAAGGAAGUGGUUAUCCGGCCUGGGUGGCGAGUAAAGGCGUUACGGAAAGACACGAGUGGCCUGUCUGGGCUUUAGUUCUCAUCUCCAUUCUUAUUCUCACUUCCGUUUUAUGGAUACCUGCAGUCGCUAUUUGCAGAUACUAUGGAAUUCUCAUCAUCGAUGACAACGAAAAGGCCUGGUUUCCCGCGGCGGAUCUAAAAGAAUUUCAUGGAAUUGUGCCGCACGAGGUAACGGCGGCUGAGACACUGCUGUUUUGCAUCAGGAGCGACGGUUCCGAAGGAUUAUGCUGCCCUACGGGAGGCCCUAGCGACGACGAAGACGAGGACCUCACCUAGGAUCGAUUCUUGACUGCGACGCGCGUUUCCGCGGAUGAUCUCGCUUUAAGAAACGCUUUACUUUAUCCUGUGACCAUCUUCGACUGCUUGCUGCUUGCUCAAAAGUGGCUGCAAUCCAUUUUGGUGAAUCCGGUCGAAUAGUAGUCAGCGCAUCCGCGUAGUAGGAUAUUGUCUAUUGUGUCAAUUAACAUAAAAGCUUCGGUAGUAGAAGUCAUUUCUUCAUAAUUUAAAGACGGAGAUACAUUCGAUUAAAACAAAAUAAUUUUUCUUCCAACUUUAACAGUUAUUAGAUGUUAGAUUCAAAUUUUUUUUUAUAAUAUUUGAAAAUUCUGUAAUUAAAAGAAGAGUUUUUCUGGGAGCCAAAUAUCCGGAAACAUUGAUGCAAGUGAAGAGUUAUUUGAGAAUAUUCUUGAAUGUAUUUCCAUCUGAGAGAUGUAAUCAUUUGCAAUUUUGUUUGAGUUUAAGUGAGAUUCACUAUGCGAAAAAUUGCUUUCAAAACUUCGCAGAUAAUGAAGAAUAUUAGGCUACAAUCUAUAUAUACAGUUUUCGAGCGAACGAUACAAUCGCGCAUUGUGUGGGCGGAAACGAGACGUGAUCUUUCCGUGCGGAAAAUUACCAGUUAUACAAGUUAAUGAUGAAACAUUUACUCUUUAGCGAUUGCGAAUAACAUCAGAUUUAAUAAAAUUAGCGGUAGGAGCCGUCCAGUGGACUUGGGUGAGUGUAUCCGAAACAUUAUUUUAGAUAGAGAGUCUAGGAUCAAAGCAUUUGGGUCCUUAGAUCUAUGGAUAUUUGAAGAUCGAAAAUACUUUGAGAAUCGAUGAGUCUAAAGAUUUAAUAUAAACACUUAAAAAUCUAAAAAUAACAGAAAUAAGGAGAUAAAAAUAUCCAGAUGUUUAAAAAUAUAUAAGAAUUUAGAGAUAUAAAAAUUGAAAUAUAUCAAAAUAUAUAAUGUCUAAAGAUAUAUCUUCCCAAAGAUCUAAGGAUUCAGGAAUCUACGAUUGAUACGCGGAUUAAUGACAUGACAAUAAUAAGUUUAGCAUAAAAAGACUAAAAUUGAUGACAAUAAAAUAAUUGGAUUAAAUCAUGCUCGACAAUAAUAUAAACAUUGCGCAACAUGUGAUGCGCAUUUAAAGAUACCUGGAUAGCAAGAAGGCAAUUGAUUCGACUCGAUGAAACUGGUUUCUUCGAGCGAAGAGAGAUAAUCAUCAUCCAGGCCACGUAGAUUAAACAAUUAACAAUUAGUUUCACGUAGGUCAAUUAUUAUUUUAAUUUUAACUCUGUUAUGCAUCAAAAUCGAUCUGUGACAUAGAGUAUAUUAUAAAAAUAAUAGAUAAUAUAUACAUAUAUAUAUAUAUAUAUACAUAUAUUAAAGUAAACCAUUUGGUUUUAAUGAAUGAAGUCAGAAUCCAGGUCGAAUUUGAACGUUAAAGGUGUCUUUGAACAUUCCAUGGAAUCUUCCUGUUCGCACUCUUUUGCGACACACAAUAUUCAAAUGGCCUGAUACCUUCCAGUGAUAUUUUAAGCUCUUAACUCUUUGCACUUUGAGUAAUUUUCCGUAUUGAACUAAUAAAAAGAGAAAAAGAAAGGAAAAACCAUUAAACUAAUUUAUAUAGAAAAGGUUAUUACAAUUUCACAGUUAAAUUUUCCGUAACAAUAUGUGAUAAUAAAUAUUAAUUUCUCAUGAUGUUACUGAAUGCAUAUAUAUUUAAUGAGAUUUUAUAAGUCCAUAUUGAAACCAAAUAUUCUAGUGCAAAGAGUUAAUGAAUUCAUGACUAAUUGGUUGUGGAAUAUUCACCUAAAACGUACAAAUGUAAUGCGGACAAUAAAUAUAGUAGAAUUUUGUUUUCUCGAGUUAUCUAUUAGUAAGCCUAAGCAGAGAAAAUAACUGCAUUAGCAAUCGUUAAGAAAAUGACUAAUUAAUUAAAUAAUAACAAUAGGAGUCAUCAAUUAAAUAAUGACGGAAAUUGUCAUUAGUUAAUUAAUGAUGAAAUACAAACCAUAUCUUGAUAUCAUAUCAUUUCUUAUAAAGUAUGUACUAGUUUUUUAUCUCGCAUACUUACUCGAUCUCUAUUGGCAAAAGAAUCUUUUGGGAGACAAAUUUUGUAUCUUAAUUAGAAAUUAUCUUUUUUUGAGUAUUUUUUAAUAAUAUUUUAUCCUCUGUACAUUUUUGUGAUUAAAAAUUGAUAAUCUUUUCAAGUUUUAAAACAUAAUUAACAAUUUCAAAUGUAAUUCAUGUAUUAAGGAGAUAAAUAAAAAAAAAACAAAUAUUAAAACGAAAGACGUUGCAAUGGUUCAUUAUCAAAUGAUUGCAGUAGUUAUGAUUGGAACUACAGAGAUCGUUAUUUAUCUCAUCAGACUUUUGUUAACCAUAUAUAUUAUCGAUGUAGCUUGCGCAAUAACUUAAAAACAAUACACCGAUGGCGGACGGUAAUAAUUGUUAUUAUUACAUAUUGAUUAUGAUGAUUACGAUACAUAUAUACAAUAAUAUUGCGUAUACGUAAAACUGUACAUAUAUAUAUACAUAUAUAAAUAUAUUGUUGUCAGUUGAAUGUUAAAAUAAAUACCUUGAAUGGA